AUGCCAGGCGCAAGUGAAGGCAUCAACCAGGCCCUCCAGGAGCAGAGAGGAGGUGUCCUUUUGGAACAGGUGUGGGCACUGGUGCUUGGAGACAGCUUGGCGCAGGUUAUGGUGCUUGGAAACAAAGAUGCAGGACCCAACACACUUGUUGCCACAGUGCUGGCAAAGGACCCUGAUGGGGAUGGGAUCACGUAUAAGAUUACUACAGGAAAUGAUGAGGGCAAUUUUGUCAUAGACAACCAGAAAGGUUUGAUCCGGCUGCGCUCCAGUCCACCACCCCGCCUGCAGGGUGUGGAAUAUGUCCUUAAUGUUACAGCCACUGAUGACAACACCUCGGGUGGGCCUCAGGCAUUGUCAUCCACAGCACAAGUUAUAGUAGGAGUGGACGAUGUAAACAACAACAAGCCUGUCUUUGAAAAGUGUCAGCAGUACCGAGAGAGCACGUCAGUCCUGGAGAACCAACCAGCAGGGACGUUUGUUCUGCAGGUUCAUGCUGUGGAUGCAGACGAAGGCACCAAUGGCCGGGUCACGUAUGGCUUCAUGCACAAAGACUCUACAGUGCCUGCAUUCAGUAUCCAUCCUGAUACUGGAGUAAUUGUGACUGCCCGGAAAUUUGAUCGGGAGCGUCAACGGGAAUAUGCAGUGACAGUGACUGCUACUGACCAGGCGACUGACCCCCUGAUUGGCAUCUGUCAGCUCAACAUCCUCAUCUUGGACCAGAACGACAACAGCCCAAAGUUUGAGAACCUCCGAUAUGAGUACUUCCUCCGUGAGGAUACGAUGAUCGGAACUAGCUUCCUGCGGGUGGCAGCUCAUGACGAUGACUUUGGCACCAAUGCAGCUAUCAUGUACACCAUGUCUGGUGAGCAGCCAGAGUACCUUAGGGUCAACCCGCUAACGGGCUGGGUGUACGUCAACCAGCCAAUCUCACAGAGGACAUACAUCACCAGGGAGAUUGUAGCAACAGAUGGAGGAAACAGAAGCAGUUCAGUGGAACUGGCUGUCACCAUCACCAAUGUGAAGAACCAGCCUCCACAGUGGGAAAAAGACACUUACAGUGUGGUCAUACCAGAAAACACUGUUCGCGAUACACCUAUUGUGUCGUUAGAUCUCAAUCCAAUAGAGCAGAGGUCCAUGAAUGUUUUCUCCACACAGACCACCUGGCUGAGCUGCAACGGUAAUCUGGGUGUGUGGUGGUAA